AUGUCGUACGGUUGGGUUCCCCCGAAAGAGGACAGCCCUUCAGUUAUUUCAAACAGAGUUUUCACGAUUCGCCGUCUGAACAGAAUGGAAUCCCAGCGCCUUGGUACACAGCUCAAUAUUCUCAAAGCAGAGGAGGAGCACUUCAAAUCACGUAUAUCACACGAAAAAAAGAUGCUGAGAAAAGAACUCAGUGAAAUACGACAGGUAAAAGAAAAUCCAGUCAUUGGUAUCGAAAGGAGGAAGCUACUCCAACAGAUCUCCUGUAAAGAAACUCGCCAAUACGGUUUAACUGGGCAUAAAGCGGAAAGAUUUCGUUCAUUAUCUACUGGUGACAGUGACAGGAAGAGCUCCUCUUCCAAGCUUCCGCAGGUGUGUUUUAGAUCCAAGAGCCAAAGUAACAUUGCGUCUUUAAGCUCAGGAGAGGAAGAACUUUCAAAAAACGUUCAGAAAAAGCCAUGGGGUCUCAACAGCAAUAUCUGUACAAUGCCUUCGGAAUUCUGGCCCAAAAAUCUCGCCUCUGUCAAUCGAAAUAUGAAGUCAGGCCAGAGAAGCCUCAGCACUAGUGUUUAUCCACAGAUAUCUGCAUGGGAAGGAAAUAGGAGAAGUGACGGACUACUUAGCAUCGAAAAAGGUGACCUUUUGGGCUCAGACGGAACUGAACACGAGGGAUCAGGGCUAGAUCAUCGAUGUAGAUCAGUGAAGUUGAACCGCGAAUUCUCACAAAGCCCAGGCUGGGCUUGGAGAGGAAGGAGACACGUUUUGAAUAAAGAUGGCUGGACAAUGCCAAGGUCAGAAUUUAGAGAUAACAGCUGGCAAAAGAGUGGUGAAGAGAUGAGGAGCAGCCAGAUAUCAGGUACGAGAGAACGAAGACAGCGCAGUUAUAGCACCAACUGCGCACCGAAUAUUUCGGAAGGAAGUGCGUUCGACGUGCGUCAAGGGCCGGAACAAAACAAACUUAAUGCUCAAGAUUUGUGCUCUACCAGGGCUGCAAAGUCAGGAAAGAGGCGCCACACUACAAAUUGCAGACCCACAGUAAUUAAUGGACAAGUGGUCGAAAUCUCCGGCGAAAAUAAAAGCAAGGGUGUAAACAGCUAUCACCAGGUUACCACUUUCCGGAGGCAAAGACGUUUGACAGUCAACUGUGUACCCGUCUGUGAAGAUGAACAAGCAAAUAACUCGAGCUGCGAGAGAGAAGAGAACAUUGUUAUGAACGAAAAUAUCGUGAACGAUGGUGAUUUUCAUGGCACGAGCUGCAGUGAAAACAUUUCGACGCAUGAUAGUCAGGUUUCUUCGAAAAAUCAGGACGGCAUCUCACUUCCCCCUUAA